AUUUCUAUUUGCCCAACCAAUCGAUCAACAACCAAUUUACCAACUUAGUCCGAUAUUUUCUUCCGCUCCUGAUGGUUCGUCACCAUCACGGAAUGCAAUGAAUCCCGGGACGCCGCGCGUGGGCGCUGGAGGUUUCCCUCAAACACCGGCCGCUAGAGCUCAAAGACCACGUCAGGCACAAGAUGCUAAACCUCGAACUACUUUACCAACCGCUCCCGAAAGCCAACCCUCUUCCGCUCCGAAUAGCCAGCCGGUAAUCCCUACUACCAUCAUUGACGCACCCACCCAGCGAUUUUAUGCCUUCGCCAUCUACGUAGCCCUUCUAGGAUGGCGCUUCUACGACUGGAUACAGAUAUUAGAGGAUAAUGGCGGCUCAUUCUACUUUUUCUGUAAAUGGGUCAUCUUUGACUUUAUUUUCUUCUUCUCUUUACCUUCCAUGCGCAUACCUUGGCUGGAGCUGGCCGCACCGACGGUUUCUAUGAUCUUUUUUGGCCAUCUAGUAUUUAACUGGCUUCUAAUGUUUAACAUUCCCGUGCCUUGGCAUUCCUGGCUUCUCGGUCUGGUUAAGGUCUUCUAUGACAAGGAACUCGCUAUCUCUGAGCACAAUGUUAAAGUCUCGAGCAUUCUGCAUAACUCCUCUCUUAUCAUGGGAAAGCAGAUCAUUAAUAUCCUUCCUGAAGGUUCUGCCCUUCUUAAUCCUGAGAAGAAUCCUUACUGUCUCGGCCAAGGCCAGAAUGUAGCGGCUGUCCCUAUCUACUUCAACGCUACGGUUCCCGUCGAGGUCGAACUUCUUCGCUUCGAUCUAGAAUCCGAUUCUCAGGAGGUAUUGAAACUCAGCCGUAAGGAGAUUAGGGAAAUUAGCAAACAGUCGGCCAGGUCUGUCGAAGAUGGAGCACUGGGGAUUUAUAGAUACGACAUCGCUAUAAAGAAGCCAGGCGUUUAUCAACUAAACAAGGUCCUUGAUGAGUAUAAGCUUGAGGUUCAGAGACUUACCGAGCCUACAUAUAUUGUUCCUUGUCCGAGAGCCCGGGUUCGUACGGCACAGUCGACAACGAAGUGUAUCGGUGAUCUAUCCAACUUAUCUCUGGAUGUUUAUGGAACGCCGCCCUUAAAGAUCGUCUACAGCCGCACUAUCAAUGGAAAAGAUCACAGUUUCCAUUUUCAAAGUCUUCAGCCCGACGGCUUCUCAUCUCCCCUGCUUACCCAGAGAUCGACUAUAAUGCCUUUAGGAGAAGAGGACUAUACCUGGGCCAGGCUACAGACCGUCGAGGUAGGCCUGAAUGAGUCGAUGAAUUCCGCGGGAGAGUGGCAGUAUUCCAUCGACGAAGUUCACGACGUCUUUGGCAAUGUCAUCCAGUAUCCUCAACCUGAGGAUCCCGACGCCAAGCCUAAACCCAAGCACCUGUUUCAGAAUUUUGUUGUGCGAGAACGCCCAAGAGCUACUAUCAAGGGCUGUGACCCUAGUAACCCCCUCAAGGUCGCUAAGGGAAAGUCGACAAAGCUUCCUGUCCAGAUUGGACGCCCAGGUCAAACUCCGGAUAGCGUUUCCCACACUCUGACCUGGAUUUUCUCGCCAAUCGACACGCUCACUAAGAGUGGCGAUCAUGGCGACGUUGUCGAGGUCGGUACUUUUACCGCCAAGAGUGUGGAUGAUCAACCUAAGAUCAGUGCGCCAGGUUUGUAUACCUUGAAAUCCGUGUCUUGUGAUUCCUGUGAGGGAGAGAUUGAGGAACCCUCAUCUUGCUUACUGCUCAACCCUCUUGAACCAACAUUGUCGAUUCAGGCCGAGGAGAUUCCAGACAAGUGUGCCGGUAACUCUAUUGGACUUCGGGUGAAUCUCGAUAUGAUCGGAACCCCUCCUUUUAGAGUUGGAUACACCGUGACCAGCGAUUCUGGACAGAAUAGGAGGGAGACUGUUGAGAUCAGAGGCCUCAGACAACAGAUCGAUCUUCUGCCUAGGAACGCCGGGCGCUACCAAUAUCGCUUUAGGAGAAUCGAAGAUGCCAUUUACACCGUUCCUCUACCUUUAUCGGAUGAAUACUAUCUGGAGCAGAAUGUUAAGCCGCCUGCGACAGCGUAUUUCAAGUCAGAACGCCGUAGCAUUAAUGCUUGUCUGGAUCAGCCAGUCAAACUUGACGUGGCUCUUCUCGGAGACGGUCCUUUCACGCUCGAGUGGGAGCUCGUACACGAAGGUAAAAGGAAGUCCGAGAAAGCGACUGGUAUUGAAAGCGACACCUUCACCAUCGAAACUGCUCCGUUAUCGACCGGUGGUGAGUACACCUUGGCCCUGAAGAGCAUACGAGACAAGACAGGAUGUCGCAUAUUCCUCAAGGAAGAGGCCAAGAUCUCUGUGCGACGCCAGCGACCGCGGGCAGCAUUUGGUGUUAUUGAUGGUAAGAGGUCAGUUACGGUUGUUGAAGCCGCCACAGCCCAUCUCCCCUUGAAGUUGUCCGGUGAUGGGCCAUGGAUAGUGAGCUAUCGCAACCUUAACAGCACUUCCGAGGAACCAGGGGUUCGCAUUGCGAAGACCGGCAACGAUUUCAUUGAAGCGAAGGAACGGGGUAUCUACGAGAUUAUUGAUGUUAGGGAUCACGGGUGCAGUGGCAUCAUCAAUCCCCAAGCCAGUCGUUUCGAAGUUAAGUGGUACCCGCGUCCCGAGCUGUCGUUUUCGCCUAGCGAGUCGAUUCAGCCCACAGAUAAGAGAAAUAAAUUUAUCAAGAGAGAUGUCUGUGAGGGCGAUGUGGACGGAUUUGAAGUUACACUUAAAGGCUCGCCUCCGUACCACGUGGAGUAUGAAGUCAAACAUAAGCCGAGGGCAGGCUCGGGCUCGGUGGCCCGAAAAGAGUUCGAUGCUGCCCUCGGGAAAGCAUCUAUUCCCCUGGAGACAGCUAAGGCCGGAUUAUACACUUACACAUUUUCUGGCCUAUCAGACAAUCUCUACAACGACAAACAGAGAUCUGAGCCUCUUACAUUGGAGCAGACGGUCAACCCGAAGCCGUUCGCUUCCUUUGUCAAGCCUGGUCAAACAUUCAAGAUGUGCAUGUCUGAUUACGGCCCGCAAGAAUCGAUUCCUAUUAGGCUAGAGGGCAAAGCACCAUUCUACGUCGAAGUCGAAAUUAAACAGCAUUCCGGAAAUCUCCCAGAGAUAUUCAGGAUUCCUAACAUCCAGACCAACAAUUACGCCAUUCAAAUUCCCAGGCAGUACCUAAAGCUUGGUGGCCAGCAGGUCAGAAUCCGCAAGGUACGCGAUGCCCGUGGUUGCCAACAGAAGACGGAAAGCGGUGGUGGUGUGGUUCAUAUUCAGCUUUACGAAGCACCGUCUAUCUACCCGCUCGAGCAGCGAACCGAUUAUUGCGUCGGUGAGCGCAUCGCUUACACGCUUUCGGGCACGCCUCCUUUUGAAGUACACUAUGAAUUUUCCGGCAAACAGAUGAAGGCCAAGUCCCAAACCACCAGCUUCCGUCGUAUUGCCGAAUCGCCUGGUGACUUCACGAUCAAUAGUAUUAGCGACAAAGGAAGCGAGUGCCGGGCAGCCGUUAAUAUAACUAAGACUAUUCACCCCAUGCCGAGCGUCAGAAUUAGUAAGGGCCGCGUUAUCCAGGUCGAUAUCCACGAAGGAAGCGAGGUGGAGAUCUUGUUUGAAUUCUGGGGUACGCCACCUUUCGAGUUCACGUAUACUCGUAGUACCAACGCUCGGAAGGGACAGAAGAGCCAGGUAUUAGAGACGCGACAUGAUAUCAGCUAUGAGCAUAGCAAGGUAAUCACGGCAAACCUGGAGGGUACGUACGAGGUAGUAGCUAUCAAGGAUCAACACUGUGCCUUUUCGACGUUGGGCGUCGAGGGUAGGGACAAGGGCCAGAAGUCGUUGAAGUACUGAAAAGCUACCUACCUAGGUAACUUAUCGAAUUGGCGGGGGGGAGAAUUGGACAUGGGUAUGGACAUGUGGAACGAACAGGCUGCAUAUGAAGAGUAUGUGGAAAUAAUGUAGAGCAACGGGGAUGAACAGCUACGUGCGGCUGUUGGGGCAUUGCAUGAGCAUGGCGUUCCGGUAGGAUGACAGCUUUUGCUGACAGGAUUGCCAUGGCAGUCCAAUAUAAAAAAUGUGACUCUAUUUGUAAACCCAUGAGCAGGACGU